AUGAGUGCCCCAGUUUUAGCUGCAUUUGAUGGUAAUAAAAAAAUAGUUAUACAAACAGAUAGCUCACAAUCGGGUGUAGGGUGUUGCAUAAUGCAAGACAAUAAGCCAAUCUCAUAUGCAUCACGUAGCUUAACCGAAACUGAGAAACAGUGGGCUCAAAUUGAAAAAGAAAUGAAUGCAAUAUUAUAUGCUUGUACAAAAUUUCAUAAUUUCAUCUAUGGUAGACGUAUAACGUUAGCUAUAUAUGAUCUAGAGGUGAAGUAUCUUCCAGGUAAGCAAAUGCACAUUGCAGAUUAUCUAAGUAGAGACUAUAUUAUUAAAAAUAUAAAAGAUGAUAUCUCAAUUAAUGAUGUUGUACAUAGUAUUAAUUCAGAAAAAAUACAGAUUAGUGAUGAAAAACUGUUACAAUUUCAAAAGGAGACUAUAAAUGAUCCCUGUCUGAAUAAAGUAAAGCUAUAUUACAAUAACAAUUGGCCUAGUGAUAAAACUAAGUUACCAUUUAAAGGAGAACUAUAUAAUUUUUGGAAAUUUAGAAAUGAUAUAACAGUAAACAAUAAUUUGAUUUAUCUCAAUGACAGAUUAAUUGUACCUUUUAAAUUAAGAGCAUUCAUACUAGGAUUACUUCAUGAAACCCACAUAGGUAUGACUAAAACCGUUAAAAGAGCCAGGUCUUAUUAUUAUUGGCCUAAUAUGGCAAAUGACAUAGAAAAUUUUAUAAGUAAGUGUUCAUUGUGUGCCAGGUAUCAAAGGAAAAAAUUUAAAGAGCCAUUAUUAAAUCAUUCAAUUCCUGACAAACCAUUUAUUAAAAUAGGGGUAGAUAUUGGUGAAUAUGGUGGUGUGUCAUAUUUAAUUAUAAAUGAUUAUUACUCAAAAUGGCUAGAUAUCAAAAAACUAAGCAGUAAAUCAGCAGAUUCAAUAAUUAAAAUUUUAAAAAAUGUAUUUAGUUAUUUUGGAAUCCCUAAAAUAUGUGUUUCUGAUAACGUACCAUUCAAUAGCAAGCAAUUUUUAGAUUUUGCUAAAGAAUGGAAAUUUAAAGUAAUAACAACAAGUCCAAAUUAUGCCCAAAGUAAUGGGUUUGCUGAGAAAAGUGUAGGGAUAGCAAAAACCAUGCUUAAAAAAUCUAUAUUAACAGGUAAAGACAUAGAUCUUUAUUUAUUAGACUAUAGAAGUACACCAGUUGCAGGUCUUGAAUACACUCCUUCAGAGUUACUUAUGAGUAGGAAGAUUAGAACAAAAUUGCCUAUUAAUGAGAAAUUACUUUACCCUCAAAUUCCUAUUGAGGCUUAUGCGAAAAUGUUGGCACAACAAAAAAUACAAAAAUGUCAGUAUGACAAAAAUGUGAGAAUUAAAGAAAACAAAUUUGCAGUAAAUGACUCAAUUCUAUAUUUAAAAGAUAAAGUGUGGGAAAAAGGUACCAUUAUUAAAAAGAGUGAAGAACCUAGAUCAUUCAUAAUUAAGAACAAAAAUAACAAGCUAUUUAGGAGAACAUCUCAUCUAGACAUGUGA